AUGGCCCAUGCUGCAGCCCAUCUAAAGAAAGCUCGUGAGCUUGAGCAACAUCCAGAAUACAGAGCUCUACAGAAAGCCAGGGAGAGGAGGAGACGGCAUCGUGAAAGAGCUGAGCGAAGGCGGCAGUCUGACAGUAACACCAGUUUCCUUCGAGCUGCACGGGCGGGAAACAUUGACAAAGUCCUUGAAUUCCUGAAAAAUGGAGUAGACAUUAGCACCUGUAACCAGAAUGGUUUGAAUGCAUUACAUCUGGCAGCUAAGGAGGGACACAAAGAUUUAGUAGAGGAACUGUUGGAGAGAGGGGCACCUGUUGACUCGUCCACAAAGAAAGGAAACACUGCCCUCCACAUUGCCUCAUUGGCGGGACAAAGAGAAGUAGUUCGACUACUGGUGAAGAGAGGAGCAGAUGUCAAUUCUCAGUCACAGAAUGGCUUCACUCCACUCUACAUGGCAGCCCAGGAGAGUCACUUGGAGGUGGUGAGAUACCUUCUGGAAAAUGAAGGGAACCAAAGCAUUGCAACAGAGGAUGGCUUCACUCCGCUGGCCAUCGCUCUCCAGCAGGGUCACAACUCAGUGGUCUCCCUGCUGUUGGAGCACGACACCAAGGGUAAGGUUCGACUACCGGCCCUGCACAUCGCAGCCCGCAAAGACGACACAAAGUCUGCCGCACUGCUGCUCCAGAACGACCACAACGCUGACGUCCAGUCUAAGAUGAUGGUCAAUAGAACCACAGAGAGUGGGUUCACCCCUCUGCACAUCGCGGCUCACUAUGGUAACGUGAAUGUCUCCACCCUGUUGCUGAACAGAGGAGCAGCUGUGGACUUCACAGCCAGGAAUGGGAUAACUCCUCUCCAUGUGGCCUCCAAGAGAGGCAACACCAACAUGGUGGCCCUACUGUUGGACCGAGGGGGCCAAAUAGAUGCUAAAACCAGGGAUGGGUUGACCCCCCUGCACUGUGCAGCCAGGAGUGGACAUGAUCCUGCAGUGGAGCUGCUGCUGGAGAGAGGAGCCCCCAUCUUAGCCAGAACCAAGAACGGACUGUCCCCACUGCACAUGUCGGCCCAGGGAGACCACAUCGAGUGUGUUAAAUUCCUGCUGCAGCACAAGGCGCCUGUUGAUGAUGUCACACUGGACUACCUCACAGCGCUGCAUGUCGCAGCACACUGUGGCCACUACAGAGUCACCAAGCUGCUGCUAGACAAGAAGGCCAAUCCCAAUGCCAGAGCACUGAAUGGCUUCACGCCCCUCCACAUCGCUUGUAAGAAGAACAGAGUGAAGGUGAUGGAACUGUUGGUCAAAUAUGGCGCCUCCAUCCAGGCCAUUACUGAGUCUGGCCUGACUCCCAUCCAUGUAUCUGCCUUCAUGGGUCACCUCAGCAUUGUUCUCCUUCUGCUGCAGAAUGGAGCCUCUCCUGAUGUCCGUAACAUUCGCGGCGAGACAGCUCUCCACAUGGCGGCACGAGCAGGUCAGAUGGAAGUGGUUCGCUGUUUGCUGAGAAAUGGAGCGUUGGUGGAUGCCAUGGCCAGGGAGGAUCAGACUCCCCUCCACAUUGCAUCCCGAUUGGGGAAAACAGAUAUAGUCCAGUUGCUGCUGCAGCACAUGGCCUACCCAGAUGCUGCCACCACCAACGGGUACACUCCCCUCCACAUUUCAGCCAGGGAGGGCCAGGUAGAGACUGCUGCUGUGCUGCUGGAGGCCGGAGCUUCACACUCAAUGGCCACCAAGAAAGGAUUCACUCCAUUACAUGUAGCAGCAAAGUAUGGAAGCCUCGACGUAGCAAAACUUCUCCUUCAACGCAAAGCUCUACCCGAUGAUGCUGGAAAGAAUGGCCUAACUCCUCUACAUGUGGCAGCUCAUUAUGACAACCAAGAAGUAGCUUUGCUACUGCUGGAUAAAGGGGCAUCACCUCAUGCUACUGCAAAGAACGGCUACACUCCUCUCCACAUUGCAGCCAAAAAGAAUCAGACGAGCAUUGCAGCAGCUCUGCUGCAGUACGGAGCAGAGACCAACGUUCUAACCAAGCAGGGAGUUAGCCCUCUACACCUGGCAGCCCAGGAAGGACAUGCUGAGAUGGCCAGCCUGCUGCUGGGCAAAGGAGCUCACGUCAACACAGCCACCAAGAGUGGAUUGACUGCUCUGCAUCUCACAGCCCAAGAAGACAGGGUCAAUGCAGCAGAAGUCCUGGCCAAACAUGACGCCAACUUGGAUCAGCAAACUAAGCUGGGAUAUAGCCCUCUGAUCGUGGCUUGUCACUAUGGAAAUGCCAAGAUGGUGAACUUCCUGUUGCAGCAAGGUGCCAGCGUCAACGCUAAAACCAAGAAUGGUUACACACCACUUCACCAGGCGGCACAACAAGGGAACACACACAUAAUCAAUGUUUUGCUGCAACAUGGAGCCAAGCCUAAUGCUACUACAGUGAAUGGAAACACUGCUCUGUCGAUUGCUAAACGUCUGGGUUACAUCUCCGUGGUGGACACACUGAAAGUCGUCACCGAGGAGAUCGUCACUACCACAACGACGGUCACAGAGAAACACAAGCUCAACGUCCCUGAGACCAUGACUGAGAUCCUUGAUGUUUCCGAUGAAGAGGGUGAGGACACUAUGACAGGUGAUGGUGGGGAGUAUCUGAGAGCAGAGGAUCUCAGAGAGCUGGGAGAUGACUCUCUUCCAGGACACUACCUGGAAGGCCUCAGCUACAUGACCCACAACCUGGACAGGUCACAAACAUCACACACAUUUACACACACUUAACAAAAACACACUCCCACUCACCAAAGUUUCCAUCAGAGAGAAGGAGUUCUCAUUGAAGACAUGCUUACAAGCCACCAGGUGUCAGCACUGUCUCGAGAGCACGACAAGGAAUCCUUCCGUCUGAGCUGGGGUGCUGAGCACCUUGAUAAUGUGGUGUUGUCCACCAGUCUGCUACACUCUGGCUUCCUGGUCAGCUUCAUGGUAGAUGCCAGGGGCGGGGCCAUGCGCGGUUGCCGUCACAAUGGCCUGCGAAUCAUUGUACCACCAAGGAAGUGUUCUGCACCUACGCGGGUGACAUGCAGGCUGGUGAAGAGACACCGUCUGGCCUCUAUGCCCCCAAUGGUGGAGGGUGAGGGGCUGGCUGGUCGCAUCAUAGAAGUAGGACCCACUGGAGCACAGUUCCUGGGUAAGCUCCACCUUCCCACAGCUCCGCCCCCUCUGAAUGAGGGCGAGAGCCUGGUCAGUCGCAUCCUGCAGCUGGGUCCUCCAGGAACCAAGUUCCUCGGGCCUGUGAUUGUGGAGAUCCCCCAUUUUGCAGCACUGCGGGGCACAGAGAGAGAGUUGGUGAUCUUAAGGAGUGAGACAGGGGAGAGCUGGAGGGAACACCACUGUGACUUCACCGAAGAAGAACUGAACCAGAUACUUAAUGGCAUGGAUGAAAAACUUGAUUCUCCAGAGGAGCUUGAGAAGAAAAGAAUAUGCCGCAUCAUCACCCGAGACUUCCCACAGUAUUUUGCAGUGGUGUCACGGAUAAAGCAAGACAGUCAUUUGAUUGGACCAGAGGGUGGGGUUCUUAGCAGCACCCUUGUGCCCCAGGUCCAAGCUGUUUUCCCUGAAGGAGCCCUCACCAAGAAAAUCAGAGUUGGGCUACAGGCUCAGCCCAUUGAUUUGGAGGUGGUGAGAAAGAUUCUUGGUAAUAAAGCCACAUUCAGCCCAAUUGUCACAUUGGAGCCAAGAAGGAGGAAGUUCCACAAACCAAUCACCAUGACAAUCCCUAUUCCCAAGAGCUCCAACAGUGAUGGGCCAAGUGCAGUAUACAGUGGGGAGACCCCCACUUUGCGUUUGCUUUGCAGUAUUACAGGUGGAACCACUCCUGCCCAGUGGGAAGACAUCACCGGCUCCACACCUCUCACCUUUGUUAACCAAUGUGUUUCCUUCACCACAAAUGUGUCAGCAAGGUUCUGGCUGAUAGACUGCAGACAGAUCCAGGAGUCUGUUAGCUUUGGCUCUCAGCUGUACAGAGAGAUCAUCUGUGUUCCAUACAUGGCCAAGUUUGUAAUUUUUGCCAAGACACUGGAUCCUAUUGAGGCCCGCCUCCGGUGUUUCUGCAUGACAGAUGACAAGAUGGACAAAACCCUGGAGCAGCAGGAGAACUUCACUGAAGUUGCCCGCAGCCGGGAUGUUGAGGUGCUGGAGGGAAAACCUAUAUUUGCUGACUGCUUUGGAAACCUGGUGCCUCUUACCAAGAGUGGACAGCACCACAUGUUCAGCUUCUUUGCCUUCAAAGAGAACAGACUGGCCCUCUUCAUCAAAAUAAGAGACACAGCACAGGAGCCAUGUGGUCGCCUGUCGUUCACAAAGGAACCACGGACAUACCGUACUCUUAACCACAAUGCAAUCUGCAAUCUUAACAUCACCCUCCCAACAUACUCAAAGGAGUCUGAUUCAGACCAAGAUGCAGAUGAUGAGGUAAAUAAAACUGGGGAAGUGGAUUGGCAGGAUGAUGCUGACAGGAAAGAGGAGACAUUGGCUAUCAUUGCAGAUCUUCUUGGCUUCAGCUGGACUGAGCUGGCAAGAGAACUGGAAUUCAGUGAGGAUGAUAUCCAAUUAUUGAGAACAGAGAAUCCUAAUUCCCUCCAAGAGCAGAGCCAUGCAUUGCUGCAGCGCUGGGUUGAGCGGGAAGGUAAACACGCCACAGAGGAUUGUCUGAUUAAGAGACUAACCAAAAUCAACCGCAUGGACAUCGUCCAUCUCAUUGAAACCCAGAUGAACAAGUCAGUUCAAGAGCAAACAUCUAGAACCUAUGCAGAGAUAGAGAAGACACUGGAUCAUAGUGAAGUGUCAGUAGCCCUGUCUUCAGUGCAAGAGGAUGCAGACAGCCCCAGAGUUGUGAGAAGGGUGGAGUCAGAUCGCAGACCACCCCCAGCUGUUUCUGAGGAGGACCUCUCAGUUGCUUCCCUACUGGAUAUUCCUUCCUGGGCAGAGCCUGUUGGACAUACCCACUCAGAAAGCAUGCAUGGUGACCUAUUGGAGGAGCUCGAGAUCCCACAUGAAUUGAACCCUAACCUGUGGACCUCUGAGGAUAUAAUUACACCUGAACCUAAAUGUUACGACAACUCAGAUGAGCAAGCUGAUGAAAUGCCUGAUCUCCCCACUCAGUCAGUGACAGAAGAAAAGUACAAGGAUGAAAAUGGACACAUUGUCGUCAAAAGGGUUACCCGUAAAAUUAUUCGCAAGUGUGUUUCCGCCGAUGGUGUGGAGCGCGAAGAGGUGUCAUUAGAAGGAGCUCCCCAGGGGUCCAUCAGUAUGGCAGAGGGAGAUGGAUACUCCAAGGUUGUGAAGCGGACUGUAGUGAAAAGUGAGGGAGACCAUACAGAGGUAACAUUUACUGAAUCUGAGGGUUUCUCAGCAUCAAGGCAGGAGACAGGUGAGGGCUGUCAGGUCAGUCGUGUAGAGAGGACAACAGUGGUGGAGGGAGAAAGGACAAUGACACACCACGGUGAUCCAUCUUUGGCCUCUGACCUCCCCUCAGCCCAAGACGACUUCAAACAGGGCUCACAUGCGUAAAGGUCGCACCCUCAGACGAACAGUGGCCAAGGGAGCUGGGAAGCGCAAACAGGUUCUUCUAGAGCGAGUGGA